AUGUGUCCAAUGCUUGUCAGUUCCCUUCGAGACGGCCCAACAAUGGCCCUAUCUCCUCCUCAGGACCAUGCCUUCCUUCAAUUCCCUCAUCAGCAGAAGCCGGAACCAUCUCCUGGCGUCAGCUCUCGACUCCCAUUUACAAACGGUUUCUCAUCUGGGGUGAACCCCUUUGGGCCUUCGGCCUCUUUGGGCCUUGCUGCCGGUAGCAAGCCGUCUCGCAAGAGAUCGCGUGAUGAUGUCACGGCCGAAGAAACCCCCAGUGAGCAUGCUCCAAAAGCCUCGAUCCCGCCGCCGGCUCCUCCUGAGGAGGAGCCUAUCUAUGGAGAGGGCAUGACUCUGCUCAACCCUCGCACCGGGAUGGCCCUCUCUGCAGAAAGUCAAACAGGGACCUGGUACGAGGAGGCUCUUGAGAAUUCCAUGACCGCUCCGCCACCUACCGCGUCUCAAAACCACGUGUCGUCUCAAGCGAGCCGCAAGUCACAACGUCUCGAUCCCUCAGCCCCUAGCCUCGACGACAUUGCUUCCUCUCGAAUCCAAAAACAACUUCAAGAUAACGACAGCGACGAAAACCGCCGUAUCCUCAAUGCCUCCUCAGCUCGCUCGAACCCUUUCUCAUCCGAAGAACCGUUGGUUGACGAUGCCACCCGCCUUCUUGGGAUUAGCUGGCAACGUGUUCAAGCCGACGAUGCCGAUAUGGCUGCUGCCAUCCGUGGCUGGAAGAAGUGCAUCGACCGACAAUUCUCUCAAUACCUCGCCGAUGCUGAGAUCCUCAUGAAGAACCGCGCUCUCAAUGCCUACCUUGUUUCUGCCCGACCAAUGAUCCCCUUUGCAGGACCUGCCCAGAUGCCUGCUUUUUAUCUUUUUAAUGAUGACCUAACUCAAGGUCAACUCGUGGCUUCAUCCUGGGAUGUUUGCCUCCGGAAUCUUCAAUCGUCGCCUGUUCUAUUCGAGGGCACAGAGAUUCUCAACGCCUCGGACAGGCCGUCCUGCUCUGGUCAGAAUGUCCUGGGAGCAAACCCCGCCGAAACAGGACUUCCUCUUCUCCAAACCCUCACUGCCCAGCCCUCAAACCCUGGUGUUGGAUUGAACGAUGGCAUGGCCCAGGAAGCGGGAAUGGACAUCGACAUAUAA